CUCAUCUCCCCAGCCAGGACCACCUUCUUCCUCUUUCCAGCUUCCUUCCGAAGGCAGCUGCGCCCGCUGGCUGUAAAGGGCAGGAUAGGAUCAUGGCAGACAAGAAGGCUGUUGCCAAGGCCCCGGCCCCUCAGGCCAAGGCCGCCGAGAAGGUGCCUGAGUCUGUGCUGAAGAAGCGGAAGCGCGAUGAGAACUGGACCAAGCAGAAGAAGGAGACGGAGCUGGCCGCCAAGAAGAAAUCGCGCGCCGACCGCAAGGUCAUCUUCAAGAGGGCAGAGGCGUACGUCAAGGAGUACCGCCAGCAGGAGGCCGACCUGAUCCGCAUCAAGCGCGAGGCGAAGCUGAAGGGCGGGUUCUACGUGGAGGCGGAGGCGAAGCUGCUGUUUGUGAUCCGUAUCCGGGGUAUCAAUGACAUGCACCCCAAGACUCGCAAGAUCCUGCAGCUGCUGCGGUUGCGUCAGAUCUUCAACGGCGUCUUCAUGAAGGUCAACAAGGCGACGCUCAACAUGCUGCACCGGGUCGAGCCCUACGUUGCCUACGGGUACCCUAACUUGAAGAGCGUGAAGGAGAUGAUCUACAAGCGGGGGUACGGCAAGCUGAACAAGCAAAGGAUUCCUUUGACAGACAACGCCGUCAUUGAGGAGGCUUUGGGCAAGUUCGGCAUCAUCUGCAUCGAGGACCUGAUCCACGAGAUCUACACAGUGGGCCCCCACUUCAAGGAGGCCAACAACUACCUGUGGCCGUUCAAGCUGUCGGCGCCCCUCGGCGGGCUCAAGAAGAAGCGGACCCACUACAUCGAGGGGGGGGAUGCCGGGAACCGGGAACUCAAGAUCAACAACUUGAUCAGGAGAAUGAACUAGGGCGGAUGGACGGUGCUAGCGGGCUUUGCGUUCUUGUGCCGGGGACGCGGGGCUUGAAAAUGUUGUGUCUACCUUAAAUUCUGUUUCCAUGCGUGUCAUAUGCGGUGCCAACAUGGAAUGAUGGGCGUGUAACUGCUCUACA